GUUCCACCAUUGGGGGGCCAGAGCAGCGAACAGUUUUGACUGGGCUGAGCGGGAACUGUACUUCCUCAGUGGUAGGGAGGCGAGCAGGCCAGAGGUGGAUGAACGCAGUGCCCUUGUUUGGGUGUAGGGCCUGAUCAGAGCCUGGAGGUACUGAGGUGCCGUUCCCCUCACAGCUCCGUAGGCAAGCACCAUGGUCUUGUAGCGGAUGCGAGCUUCAACUGGAAGCCAGUGGAGAGAGCGGAGGAGCGGGAUGACGUGAGAGAACUUGGGAAGGUUGAACACCAGACGGGCUGCGGCGUUCUACGACGUCGUUGUUUUGGGUCGCAGGCUGGGAUCCAUUCCGUUGUCCUGGGUGGAGGGCAGAACACAGGAUCCGCUCCGGGAAAGUCAUUCUUGGUCGUACUGAUGGUGAGUUGACGCUGCUCUUAUAUUCAGUAGUUCUUCUCGACUGUAUGUAAUGACACCUAAGAUGACCUGGGGUACCAAUGUAAGAAAUAACACGUAAAAAAAACAAAAAACUGCAUAGUUUCCUAGGAACGCGAAGCGAGGCGGCCAUCUCUGUCGGCGCCGGAAAUUAAUAUAGAUAUACAGGGGGUACCGGUACAGAGUCAAUGUGGAGGCUAUAUACAGGGUGUUACGGUACAGAGUCAAUGUAGAGGCUAUACACAGGGGGCACCGGUACCGAGUCAGUUUGCGGGGGUACAGGCUAGUUGAGGUAAUCUGUACAUGUAGGUGGGGGCGAAGUGACUGCAUAGGUAACAAACAAACAGCGAGUAGCAAGAGGGGGGGUCAAUGUAAAUUGUCCGGUGUUGAUUUUUAUGAAUUGUUCAGCAGUCUAAUGGCUGGGGAGUAGAAGCUGUUGAGGAGCCUUAUGGUCCUAGACUUGGCGCUCCGGUACCGCUUGUCAUGCAGUAGCAGAGAAAACAGUCUAUAAUUUGGGUGACUUGAGUCUUUGACAAUUUUAUGGGCUUCCCUCUGACACCGCCUGGUAUAGAGGUCCUGGAUGGCAGGAAGCUUGGCCCCAGUGAUGUACUGGGCCGUAUGCACUACCCGCAGGAAGCGCCUUACGGUCAGAUGCCGAGCAGUUGCCAUACCAGGCGGUGAUGCAACCGGUCAGGAUGCUCUCGAUGGUGCAUCUGUAGAACCUUUUGAGGAUCUGGGGAUCCAUGCCAAAUCUAUUCAGUCUCCUGGGGGGGAAAAGGUUUUGUCGUGCCUUUUUCACAACUGUCUUGGUAUGUUUGGACCAUGAUAGUUCGUUGGUGAUGUGGACACCAAGGAACUUGAAACUCUCAACCCGCUCCACUACAACCCCGUCGAUGUUAAUGUGAGCCUGUUCGGCCCUCCUUUUCCCUGUAGUCCACGAUCAGCUCCUUUGUCUUGCUCACGUUGAGGGAGAGGUUGUUGUCCUGGCACCACACUGCCAGAUCUCUGACCUCCUCCUUAUAUGCUGUCUCAUCGUUGUCGGUGAUCAGGCCUACCACUGUUGUGUCGUCAGCAAACUUAAUGAUGAUGUUGGAGUUAUGUUUGGCCACGCAGUCGUGGGUGAAUACAGGAGGGGACUAAGUACACACCCUUGAGGGGCACCAGUGUUAAGGAUCAGCGUGGCAGAUGUGUUGUUACCUACCCUUACCACAUGGGGGCGGCCUGUCAGGAAGUCCAGGAUCCAGUUGCAGAGGGAGGUGUUUAGUCCCAGGGUCCUUAGCUUAGCGAUGAGAUUUGAGGGCACUAUGGUGUUGAACGCUGAGCUUUAUUCAAUGAACAGCAUUCUCACAUAGGUGUUCCUUUUGUCCAGGUGAGAAAGGGCGGUGUGGAGUGUGAUUGAGAUUGUGUCAUCUGUGGAUCUGUUGGGGCGGUAUGCGAAUUGGUGUGUAGGGUGUCCGGUGAGGAUGCUGUUGAUGUGAGUCAUGCCUUUCAAAGCUUGUCUUGGCUACCGAUGUGAGUGCCACGGGGCGGUAAUCAUUUAGGCAGGUUAUGUAUGUUAUGUUAUGACAUGUUGGUAUUAUAGACUCGGUCAGGGAAAGGUUGAAAAUGUCAGUGAAGACACUUGAGUUGGUCCGCGCUGAGUACACGUCCUGGUAAUGCGUCUGGCCCAGCGGCUUUGUGAAUGUUAAUAAUAAUAAUAAUAUAUGCCAUUUAGCAGACGCUUUUAUCCAAAGCGACUUACAGUCAUGUGUGCAUACAUUCUACGUAUGGGUGGUCCCGGGAGUCGAACCCACUACCCUGGCAUUACAAGCGCCAUGCUCUACCAACUGAGCUACAGAAGGACGUAUUUAAAGGUUUUGUUCAUAUCGGCUACCGAGAGCGUUAUCACACAGUCAUCCAGAACAGCUGGUGCUCUCGUGCAUGCUUGUUGCUUGCCUCGAAGCGAGCAUAAAAGUAUGCAAUCUGGUUUCUGCUCAGGCUAUGGAUGUCACUGCAACCUUAAAGGUCCUCAAUGAUGUCACCAUUGCCCUUGAUUCAAAGCAAUGUUGUGCUGCUAUUUUUAUUGACUUGGCCAAGGCUUUUGAUACGGUAGACCAUUCCAUUCUCGUGGACCGGCUAAGGGGUCUUUGGCCUGGUUUGCAAACUACCUCUCUCAAAGAGUGCAGUGGAUAAAGUCAGAAAAUCUGCUGUCUCAGCCACUGCCUGUCAUCAAGGGAGUUUCCCAAAUGGCUCAAUCCUAGGCCCCACAUUGUAGGAUUUUUAAUGAAUUUAUUUGCAAAUUAUGGUGGAAAAUAAGUAUUUGGUCAAAAACAAAAGUUUACCUCAAUACUUUGUUAUAUACCCUUUGUUGGCAAUGACAGAGGUCAAACGUUUUCUGUAAGUCUUCACAAGGUUUUCACACAGUGUUGCUGGUAUUUUGGCCCAUUCCUCCAUGCAGAUCUCCUCUAGAACAGUGAUGUUUUGGGGCUGUUGCUGGGAAACUCGGACUGUCAACUCCCUUCAAAGAUUUUCUAUGGGGUUGAGAUCUGGAGACUGGCUAGGCCACUCUUGCUUGUUUGUAGGUGACCAAAUAAUUAUUUUCCACCAUAAUUUGCAAAUAAAUUCAUUAAAAACCCUACAAUGUGAUUUUCUGGAUUUUUUUUCUCAUUUUGUCUGUCACAGUUGAAGUGUACCUAUGAUGAAAAUUACAGGCCUCUCAUCUUUUUAAGUGGGAGAACUUGCACAAUUGGUGGCUCACUAAAUACUUUUUUGCCCCACUGUAUAUGCAGAUGAUACAGUCUUAUACUCAGCUGGCCCCUCUACCAGAUUCUGUGUUAAACGCUCUACAACAAAGCUUUCUUAGUGUCCAACAAGCUGUCUCUGCCCUUAACCUUGUUCUGAACACCUCCAAAACAAAGAUCAUGUGCUUUGGUAAGAAGAAUGCCCUUCUCCCCACAGGUGUGAUUACUACCUCUGAGGGUUUAGAGCUUGAUUUAGUCACCUCAUACAAGAACUUGGGAGUAUGGCUAGACGGUGCACUGUCCUUCUCUCAGCACAUAACAAAGCUGCAGGCUAAAGUUAAAUCUAGACCUGGUUUCCUCUAUCGUAAUCGCUCCUCUUUCACCCCAGCUGCCAAACGAACCCUGAUUCAGAUGACCAUCCUACCCAUGCUAGAUUACGGAGACGUAAUGUAUAGAUUGGCAGGUGAGGGUGCACUCGAGCGGCUAGAUGUUCAUUACCAUUCUGCCAUCAUAUUUGCCACCAAUGCUCCUUAUAGGACACAUCACUGCACUCUAUACUCUCUGUAAACCGGUCAUCUCUGUAUUCCCGUCAUAAGACCCACUGGUUGAUGCUUAUUUAUAAAACCGUCUUAGGCCUCACUCCCCCUUAUCCGAGAUAUCUACUGCAGCCCUCAUCCUCCACAUACAACACCUGUUCACUCCCCCCUAUCUGAGAUACCUACUGCAGCCCUCAUCCUCCACAUACAACACCUGUUCUGCCAGUCACAUUCUGUUAAAGGUCAAGAAAGUACACACACCGCUGGGUCGCUCGUCUUUUCAGUUCGCUGCAGCUCGCGACUGGAACAAGCUGCAACUAACACUCAAACUGGACAGUUUGAUCUCAAUCUCUUCAUUCAAAGACUCAGUCAUGGACACUCGCUGACAGUUGUGACUGAGUUGUGUGAUGUAUUGUUGUCUCUACCUUCUUGCCCUUUGUGCUGUUGUCUGUGCUCAAUAAUGUUUGUGCCAUGUUUUGUGCUGCUACCAUGUUAUGUUGUGCUGCUACCAUGUUAUGUUGUGUUGCUACCAUGUGUUGCUACCAUGUGUUGCUACCAUGUUAUGUUGUGCUGCUACCAUGUUAUGUUGUGCUGCUACCAUGUUAUGUUGUGUUGCUACCAUGUGUUGCUACCAUGUUAUGUUGUGUUGCUACCAUGUGUUGCUACCAUGUUAUGUUGUGCUGCUACCAUGUUAUGUUGUGCUGCUACCAUGUUAUGUUGUGUUGCUACCAUGUUAUGUUGUGCUGCUACCAUGUUGUGUUGUGUUGCUACCAUGUUGUGUUGCUACCAUGUUGUGUUGCUACCAUGUUGUGAUGUGUUGCUACCAUGUUAUGUUGUGCUGCUACCAUGUUGUGUUGCUACCAUGUUAUGUUGUGUAGCUACCAUGUGCUGCUACCAUGUGUUGCUACCAUGUGCUGCUACCAUGUGUUGCUACCAUGUGUUGCUACCAUGUUAUGUUGUGUUGCUACCAUGUUGUGUUGUGUUGCUACCAUGUUAUGUUGUGCUGCUACCAUGUUGUGUUGUGCUGCUACCAUGUUGUGUUGUGUUGCUACCAUGUUGUUGUUAUGUUGCUGCCAUGUGCUGCUACCAUGUGUUGCUACCAUGUUAUGUUGUGUUGCUACCAUGUGUUGCUACCAUGUUGUGUUGUGUUGCUACCAUGUUAUGUUGUGCUGCUACCAUGUUGUGUUGUGCUGCUACCAUGUUGUGUUGCUACCAUGUUGUUGUUAUGUUGCUGCCAUGUUAUGUUGUGUUGCUACCAUGUGCUGCUACCAUGUUAUGUUGUGCUGCUACCAUGUGUUUCUACCAUGUUGUUGUUGUGUUGCUGCCAUGCUAUGUUGUCAUCUUAGGUCUCUCUUCGUGUAGUGUUGUGCUGUCUCUCUUGUUGUGAUGAGUGUUUUGUCCAAUAUUUUAAUUGUAUUUAUUUUUAAUCCCAGUCCCCCGUCCCCGCAGGAGGCCGUUUGCAUUUUCCUAGGCCGUCAUUGUAAAUAACAAUUUGUUCUUAACGGACUUGCCUAAUUACAUUUUUUUUUAUAUCAGUCUAACAGCAU